AUGAGCGCUCAGAAAGCCAUCGCGGGAGUGAGACGUCUCGGUAAGGAGGCGUACCAGUUUCAGUUUACCUCCGAAUUCGAGUACAUCGCGUUGGAAUGCAAGGGGACGUGGAGACCGACGCUGCUGAAAGCCGUGUGGUUCAGAAACCAUCGCAAAGUGGAAUCCAUCCCCGUAAAAUGGGUCACUAGUGAAGACAGAGGACCCAAUGGAGCUUCGGGGAAGGCCAAAUUUAAACCGUCUUUCUCCGUGGGCCUUGUUGUCACCCUCUACAAGGGGAAGGGCAGAGACAGAUUUGAAGAAAAGGAGUACAAAUAUUACAUACAAGACGUGAGUGUAACCAUAGUAACAUGCCAACAAUGCCCCAAUUCUGCUCACCGCAAAGACCUCUCCCUCACCGUCCCCCUCUCCCUCCCCCUCCACUCUCGUUCCUCCUCACCCGGCCGUGAGCUCAGACACAAAGCCAGUCCUGAUACAACCACAAGUUCUGAAGCAGCGAGCAAGUCGACCGGAAAGCCCAAAAAGGACAAAGGAAGGAAAAAAUUGUUUGGGAGAAAGCAUUGUGCCAGCAUCGAGUCAAGUCUGGAUCAUCAUCCAGAGGAACAGCAGCGUGUCCCCCUCUCCCCUACUCCCCCCUCUCCCCUCCCCACCAUCACUGACAGCUCACACAGACCAUGGGAAGAGAUGAACAGCAUGGUGAAAAAGUUGCAAGAAACAGUCACGAAACUGGAGAAUGAGCACAAAAUAAUUCACGCAAGCAUGGAGGGGUUAGAAGAAGAGGUGGGACGUGGGGAAACGGCGGCUGAACUCGCCGAAGAUGGCGUGGAAAUUGAGGACGAGGUUGAAAACGGACGGAGUACGGAGGAAGAGAAGGAAGUAGAAGGUGAAGCUGGUGAGGGUGGUGGAGAUGUGAGUGUGGGAGGAGGAGGGGGAGGAGGUUGGAAGAAGACUCACAUUGCAGGUCUCUACCAACCGCCCACGCACGACGAACUUCGAACUCUGAAGGAGACUCAGAACCUCUAUCAGUCUAACCUCAUGAGACUACAGAUGGCAGAGCUGUUGAGUGAAGUAAAGCCAAGCUUAUCUCGUGGCAGAUUGGAGGACAUUCUGUCCAGUCUGCGUACAACGCUGAUGUCACUUCCCUCCACUUCUACUGUUGACAGCCUGCCGCCAAAGGUCCACUACCCCAUCAAUCUGGACCCCUCGUCCGUGAAGGGAAAGUUCGUUUUCCAUCCACCGCUGGCAGUGAAGGUGGUCGGAAGUUAUCUCCUGAAGACAGCCAUCAAACCGGACCUCAACAUUGACCUUGCUCUCCAGAUACCUCCGGAAUGUCUUCAAGCCAAAGACCACCUCAACUACCGCUACCUCCACAAGAGAGCGCUCUACCUGUCUCACGUGGCCGCGUCUCUCCGGAGGAAGAAGGCGGCGUGCGGUCUGCAGAAGAUCAGUUCUUUAGGUCCCCAGCAAUUCAUUAUAACGAGACUCCACUGUACUGUAUUCACAGGGAGGGCGGAGUCUCGCUACACCAUCAGACUCCACACCACCGUCCCCGAGGCUCCGUGGAAACCGGUCAAACUGGUUCCCGACAGGAACAACCUGCGGCCGCAGCGUUCACUGUGUCAACUGCCACCAGACCUCGUCUCGCUAGUGGCUGGAUCACCUGACUGUGAAUUGAGGUCAUGUGAUGAAUCUGAAUGUACUGAUCUCCCUCCCACUCCUCACUAUAACAGCCUGGUUCUGAGUGAUAUGGGAGGAAUGGAGAGACAUCUGAGCGACGUGUACGCUGCUCAGCAGGAGUGUCCUGCCAUGGCCGACACCGUGGUCCUGCUCAGAGUCUGGGCCAGACAGAGGGGACUCAGCCAGGGCUAUGGAGGGUUUGCAGGCUUCCAUUUCUCCCUACUGUUGGCCCUGCUGCUGACUCAGAGAAAGAUAUCACCUCUCAUGAGCAGCUACCAGAUUCUCAAAGUUGCACUUCAGGCCAUCGCUUCGUCUGAUUGGUCAACCUCUGGUGUUUCCAUGGCUGCACCAGACCCCUCACUGCCAUCUCUCUCCUCCUUCCACUCGCACCACUCGGUCGUCUUCCUGGAUUCCUCUGGUCUCCUGAACCUCCUCUCCCACCUCUCUCUCUCCCGCUACCUCUGGCUGAGACACGAGGCAGCUGUCGGCCUCACCUUCCUUGACGACACGGCCACCGACGGUUUCACCGCCCUUUUCAUGACCCCUGUGUCCUUUGAACUCAAGUUUGACCUCCUGCUUCACAUAUCUCCAGUCAGUGUACUUCACUCCUACUUGACCAGAGAUGCUAACGAAGGGACGCCCCUGCUAUUAGACGGAGGCUGCUGGCCCCUCCCACUAAUUAUGGAAAAACUGCUCCCCGUUCUGAACAAGGGUCUGGGGAAGAGGGUUAAACUUUUGACCUUUAGACCCUUCCAAUCUACACAGUGGUUGGUGUCUAAAGAGCCAGUGUUACCAUGUGACAGUCAUGUGACAGUGGGUGUGGUUUUGGAUUCAGACCACGCCUUCUCUGUACUGGACAUGGGUCCUGCAGCUGACAGCAAACAAGCGGGGGAGUUCCGUGUGUUCUGGGGGGAGAGGUCCGAGCUGCGGAGGUUUCAGGACGGCUCCAUCAACGAGGCGGUGGUGUGGACGGGAGGGAGUGUGGGAGAAAGACGAGGAGUCGUGGCCCAGAUUAUCACUCACCUCCUCCACAGACAUGUUGGAGUGCCAGUGGAGAGUGUGACAUCAUCAGCUGGUGCCCUGAGCCCCCUCCUCUCUCUCCCUCUCUACUCCAACAACUGUGAUAGAGACACCUCCACCAACCAACACAGUCUGGUGCCACUGGCAACGGGGGAGGAAGAGGGAAAGAAGAUUGAAGACGAGUUUGGAGAACUCUCGAAGCAGCUGCGCGGACUGAAGGGGUUGCCCCUGGCAAUCACCUCGAUCCAGGGAGCCAGCCCCGAGUUCCGGCACUGUUCUGUGUUCCCUCCUCUAGCGUGGAACGGGAGGACGCCUCGGAAGACGCUGGCUGAGCCCAGUCCAGAGAACCAAUCAGAUUGCCUCUACCCGUCAUGUGACUCUGCCACGCCUCCAUUCGUACCAGCACUAGAAGUUGUGCUACAGUUGGAAGGGAGUGGGAAGUGGCCAUCUGAACUCACCGCCAUUUCCUCCGUGAAGACGGCCUUCUAUACCUACCUCUCCCGGACUCUCUCUGACCAGUGCCAGCUCCUGUGCUCCCCCACCAAACACCAUCUGGAUGUUCUCAAGAGUGGCUAUGUGUUCAGACUGCGUAUCCACUACCCUCGGGAGCUGUCCAUUCUCAGAGAGACUAUCUCUGCAGCCCAGAGCCACGAGGUGUCUGGACUGAGGAAGACGCUGGCCACCAUGCAGAGACAGUUGGUCGAUCGACCGCUGCUUACCUCCAUACUGCAUGGGUUGUCACUGCAGUAUUCAGCCUUUGGAGUGGGAGCAAGGUUAUGUAAGAGAUGGAUAGCCGCCCACCUAAUGACCAAUCAUCUGGGGGACGAGGCAAUUGAGCUAAUGGUGGCCCGUCUCUUCCUUCAACCACACCCCUUCACCCAACCAUGUUCUCCGGAAACUGUUCUGCUGCGGUUCCUCUUCCUUCUCUCUAUUCACGAAUGGGAGACGGAACCACUCAUAGUUAACCUCAAUAACGAGCUAUCAGUGUCGGAGAUGGCUGCCAUACGAUCAAUGUUCACAUCGCAACGCAGCCAACUGCCUCCCUGCUUCAUAGCCACGCCCCUUCAUCGAGACUCGUCACCUUUGACCUCCCCCUCUCCCUCAUUCCCCGUCUUCCACCGAUUGUGUCUGCUGGCUAAAGAGUCACUCGGUGUUUUAUCCGGCCAGCUCAUCUCCCCUGACCUCCCUACAGCAGACAUCAAGGCACAAGUGUUCCGAACACCUCUGACUGGCUACAAUGUUCUCAUUCAUCUCACCAAGAAACACGUCCCUCUAGCGGCACUGGCUGUUGAUGUCGCCGUGGAAACAGGCUCCUCCCACACCAGAAACUCGUCUCAAAAGGAUCCUACCCACUUUCCCGUCACAGACUUUAAUUCAGUCGAGAAAUACCUCGCUGAAUUGGAAAGAGCCUAUUCAGAGUUCUGCCUGUUUUUCUAUGACAAGUAUGGUGGUCGUUGUAUUGCAGUUGUCUGGAAACCUCAGGCCUUCUCCCCUCAGCCUUUCAAGGUGAUGCAGGCAUUUUGUAAAACUAAGACUGCACCCGGAAAAGGAAGCAAAAAGAAGAAGAAGUCGGAAUGUCUGUUUGUGCCUGAUGCGGAGGCUAUUCUUGCAGACUUUCAGCUAAUGGGACAAGGUCUAGUCACCUCACUGGAGAUUAUAUCUGAACCUCCAGCACUCUGCAGUUAGUUAGCUAUUUGUGAUCAUGUCCACUUUUGACCUGUAAUACUAGUCAUUGUGUACAUUGCGAGCUGAGUGUAAUGGCCUUCAGUUGCCGGCCAC